UUUUUCAUAGUGAUUAGUGAAGUGUCUUAUAAGUUUAAUACGUCUGAACUCCUGAAGCUGAAAAGUUAAAAUUGAAAUCUGAAUAUUAUCUGAUAUUCUGCUCUUUAGAUCAUGGGACUUCGAAAUUUGUACAUGCCUGAUCUUCGUUUAUAGUUUUAAUAGUACUUAUUUAGUAGUAGACAGUUUUAAGUACUAAAGUACUGUGAACUGUUCAACAAUAACGCAUCGAUCCUAUAUACAGUCUAAGAACACAAUGUUGUAUAAAAUAUUCCAUCAAAACAUUUUCGAAGUCAUAGACCUGAGUUCGGCUAUGCUCAUGACAGCGUCGGUUCUCGUCGUUGGAUACGUCUGGACAUGUUUGCGGGCCUCACGCAGGCAGAAGAUGCUCGAGCUGGAGAACACACCUCACAGGGUGCUAUUGAUCACCGCACAUCCCGACGAUGAGUGUAUGUUUUUUGGCCCGGUCAUACAGAAGCUGUCAAAAAUGAAAGACGUACACCUUUUCUUGAUGUGUCUGUCCGUUGGUGACUUUGAAGGUAAGGGCUCACUGCGCAAAGCUGAACUGUACGAAAGCUGCAAUAUAUUGGGCAUUGAAGAGGGCAAUAUACUGCUGUGCAAAAAUACAUUGCUUCCGGACAACCCACGUGUGGACUGGGACACAAUUUUACUGUCCGAUAAGAUUGCUGAGCACGUAGAACAAUUAGAAAUAGAUACUGUUUUGACAUUUGACAGUUAUGGUGUUAGUGGCCAUCGUAAUCAUAUAUCAAUUUACCUAGCAUUAUUCCAUUUGGUUUAUAAUAAAUUGCUUCCAGGUUACUGUCAUUUAUAUUCACUGGAUUCAGUCAACACUUUACGGAAAUAUGUCAAAUGUAUUGAUGGGUUAUUCAAUAACACCUCAGACUUUAAAUGUACUAUUUCAACAACAGAACAAAAUUGUGUUACAAAAGCAAUGCAAGCACAUGAUUCUCAGUACAUUUGGUUCAGAAAACUGUAUAUGAAAUUUUCUAGAUAUACUAGAGUAAACACCUUUACAACCAUUUCUGCUGAAUAACUUUUGACUUGUAACCAUAGAAUAAUAUUAGUUUUUAUUUAUUUAUACAUUUAAGUAGUUCAUGACUGUGAUAAUUUGAUUACUAUAACAGUUUUAACAUUUCUCAUUAUUGGCAUUAUUUGUUAUUAUUGUUUAUAUAUAUUUUUUUUGUACAGUUUACAUCUUCCAAAAAUUGUUGUCCUUGUAACUAAAGAUUGAAAUGCCAAAAUGUAUUACUGAAAUAAACUAUAAAUUUGUUUUUAUCAAUCUGAUCAUAAUUAUUUAGCUUUAAAUUUAGAUAAGCCAUGUUUAAAAUAAUUUAAUACAAAUAUCAAAACAAGCCAACUAUAUCUCAUUGAUUACAUAAUUAUAAUUAAAUUUACUAUUUAGUAUAUAAAAAAGCCAAAAAUUAGAAUUGUUAUUGACUGCAAUUGUUAUUGAAAAUUUUAGUACAAAGUACAAAAUAUGUAAAAAAUUAACAAUUUAUGUAUGAUACUAAUUACAUAAUAUACCUAUAUCACUAUUGAAUUUAAAUUCUAUAAUCUAUAGUCAUAACCAGGAACUAGAUCUAUUUAAUCUAUUCUGAGCUAUGAAUAUUAAGGGAUGUCAGCGCACUAUUUUGUUUUUCUCUGACCGCUACAAGGCAAAUUUGUGUUCAGUAGAACCAAUCGUGUUUUGUCAGUUAAAACUAGAGUGAAUCGACCUAUUAUACAACAUAUGGCUAAGAACAUUAUCAGUCUGUGUACGUUGGCUUUUUUAUGAUUAUCAAAUUGUUCAGCGGUAAAUAAAUAUUUUUAAACUGUAAUAUUUUAUAUACUUAUAGUUUUAACUUGCAUACAAAUUGGAAUAUUGUAAAUAUUGUAAUGCUAAGAACAUUAUCAGUCUGUGUACGUUGGCUUUUUUAUGAUUAUCAAAUUGUUCAGUGGUAAAUACAUAUUUUUAAACUGUAAUAUUUUAUAUACUUAUAGUUUUAACUUGCAUACAAAUUGGAAUAUUGUAACUAACUUAGUUUAUAAUAGAAUUCACUCUAAUAUCAAAGCUAAUUAUACAAGAUUUGUUUUGUUAAAAGAAAAUUUGCCAUUUUUCAAGUAGGUCCGAGAUAAAACAAAAUAGUGUGUUGACAUAUUCUUAAUGAUAAAAUAUUUUAUCACAUAAAUAAUGGUCGAUAAGUGCUGCCUUAUAAUAAGUUGUAUGUAUUUUAAGUCUCCGGCAUUGCCAAUAUGCAGUUACCACAAGGCACAUAUUCGU